AUGUAUCUGCUCAUCCUCGGCAUCCCGCUGGCCUGGACCCUCGUGCUGACGAUCCACCUGCUCAAGAACUUCCGCAUCCUGCUCAGCCUGCUGCGCUGGACGCUGUGGACGUACCUGUUCUGCUUCGCGCUGCUCAUGUCCGAGGUGGUGCGCGAGGGGCUCAUGACCAACGGCGACGCCGCCUUCGUCCAGGACAUGGGCUUCUGGUGGUUCAUGUGGACGCUGCUCAUCAUCGCCGGCGCCCUGGUGCCCUGGGCCCUGGCUCCCGCGACCCUGCUGCCCGUCGUCCUGUUCAGUCACCCGCCCUUCCGCAUGCUCAUCAACUUUGGCCUCGCCCGCCUGGGCUGGACCGCCUUGGUCUACAGCCCCGUCUUCUGGCUGGCCACCAACCUCGGGCCCCUGCUCUGGGAGUUGUUCAAGGCCGGCUACGGCGUUCUCCGCGGCGGGAGCUGGGUUAUGGAAGGGCUGGACCGGUUCCAUUCGCCUGGGAAGCCGGUGCCCUUUGGGGAUUAUGAGUGGACUCACUCGGGUUGA